GAAAGUCUAGAGGUUCAGUUGCUAAAAGCCAAGGUCCGUGAAAGGUCCGUACUCUAGGCAGGACAAUUUCGUUUGGAUUUGGAGCAAUAGCAAAAGAAAAAAAUAAAUUUCAAAAAAAAAGUGAAAGGACUAUCCCUAGUCAGCGACUGCAUCUUUUAACCACCCUCAUCUAAUGGAAUUACAGUUUUUGGAAUUGUAAACCCAAGAAGAAAGUAAAGGAGUUAAAAUUCAAUUUAGCAACAUGAAGCUUCAAGCGCUACGAAGCGCCAGCUUCCUAUUGUUAGUCUUAGUAAUCUCAACAGCCUCGGCUGCCAGACAAAAUCCUCUCAAGAACCCCAAGGUCUGCGGUCGCCCUCAGUGUGAUAAUCAAAACAAUAAAUUCGGUUACAGCGACAGUAUCUACAAAUACGAAUACAAUGCUCAAGUGACCACCGAAUUUGCCGGCACCGGUGAUGACACCUCCGACUUGUCGGUGAAGGCUGAAGUUGAGCUUUUGUUCCCCAAGCCCUGUGAGGGUUUCUUGCGCAUUACCUCCGCCCAGUUGUCGGAUGACAAGAACGGUGCCGGUCAACAUGCCAAGACUCAAGCUCUGCAACAGGACCUAACCAAGAACGUGUUGCGUUUCGAUUUCCACGAUGGUCUCAUCAACGAGGUGUGCCCCGAUCAAUCGGAAGCCGCUUGGGUUUUGAACUUCAAGAAGGGUAUCCUGUCGGCCUUCCAAAAUACCAUGGUGCGUUUCGAUGUUGAUUUCAAUACCACCGAAACUGAUGUGUCGGGUACCUGUGGUGUCCAAUAUACCUUGGCUUCGACAGCCAAUGCCUUUGUGACCAUUCGCAAGGAGAAGGAUAUUCGCAGCUGUCACAGCCGUUUCUCCACCCACUCGUUCUUGCAGACGGUGCCCUAUGCCUUCAGUGGCGGUGACAACAGUGUCUUCCCUGUUUUGGAUACCGAAAGUUAUUGUAAUCUAACCAUUGACAACCACAUCUACCGUGAGAUCAGCUGUUUUGAACGCCAUCAAUUGAUUCCCUUCUCGAAGAAACAAUCUGGAGCCGUUACCACCGUCCACUAUGGUUUGGAAUUCAAGGGAGAGCAAAACUACAGCCCCGGAGAAUUCUUGGAUCAAAAUGCCAAGGACAUCAAGAAACGUUCCCCCCUCACCUUCGACCACACUCCCUCCGUUAAGCCCACCCAUGGCGAAAUCAAGGCAUCUCGCGAAUUGUUGAAGCAAAUGUGUGCCGCCGGCUCACCUAAGAUCCAACGUGAGUUCAUCGAUGUCUUCACCAAGUUCCUGCAGACCACCAAACAUCUGGACUACAAGGCCUUGAACCAAUUGUUGCAGCGUUCCGGCAGCAUCUGUGAGAAUGGAAGAAACCAUGUCUUGGAAUCCCUGCCCUAUAUUGGCAGCACCGCCUCCUACCAGGUGAUGCGUGAUCAAAUCGUUGACGAUAAGUUCGAUGAGAAAAUUGCUCGCAGCUGGAUGACUUCCAUGUCGUUCAUCCAAAGGCCCGAUGAGACCACCCUGGACACAUUCUUCACCAUUUUGGAAUUCUCCCGCAAGAAGGCUAAUGCUGAGUACACCUUGGGUGCCUCCGCCGUUGUUCACAACUACUGCAAACACCAUGAAAACUGUGGCCAGAACAAUAAGAUCAAGCGCAUUGUCAAUCUGUUGGAGACCGAGUUCUUGAGCUUGUUCAACAUGUUCAAGGGCGAGAGACGCAAUCGCGAACGCAUGGUGGUCAUCUUAAAGGGUUUGGGUAACAUUGGUGUCGUGUCGGAUACUUUCGCUGCCCAGCUCCAGGAUAUCAUCAGCAAUGAAUCGAACAACUUGGAAUUGCGUUUGGAAUCCGUGUUGGCCUUCAGACGUGUCGACUGCAUGAAGUACCGCCCAUUCUUCUUGGACACCUAUGGCAAAUUCAAUUUGAACUCUGAGGUCCGUAGCUUGGCCUACUUGCAGGCCAUGCGUUGCCCCGACUACCAGUCUGUGGGUCGCAUCAAGCAAACCUUGCAACGUGAAGAAGUCAAUCAGGUUGGCUCCUUUGUUUACUCCCACCUCAAGAACUUGGCCAAGUCAUCCUCACCCACCCGCCUUGAAGUCCAAGGACUCCUGCAAGCCGAUGAUCUCCCCGAGAAAUUCAAGCUGGACAUUCGCAAAUUCUCCCGCAACUACGACUUCUCCGUGUUCUUCGAUGAGUACAAUGUUGGUGCCACCACCGACCUGAAUGUCAUCUUCGGUACCGAUUCCUAUUUGCCACGCAUGGCCAACUGGAACUUCACCACCGAGCUGUUUGGCCAGUCUGUGAACUUCUUUGAAAUCUCCGCCCGUGCUGAAGGUUUUGAGCAGGCCAUUUCUGGUUUGUUCGGCGCCCAGGGUCCAUUCAACAGCGAAUUCUUUGGCGAGAAAUUGGCUUUCCUCACCAACAUGGUUAAUCCCGAGAAUCCCGAGGGUGCUGGUGCCCUUAACAACUACCUGAACUUGGACAACUUCCGUUUCAAACGUGAUGUCCCCGUUUCCCCAGAUAAUGUGGUGGAAGAAGUUGAAGAGGACAACUACAACUUUGAGGAAGAAUUGUACAGACCUCGCCGUGCUGCCCCACCUGCCCGCAACCGUAAGCAACAGGUCCGCACCCAGGUCAAGGAUAUUGGCUAUCAAAACGGCAACAACCAUGGCAAGCAAAGUGCCCAAAUCGGCUUGAGAAUCUUCGGCAAUGAUGUCCGCUACUAUUCCAUGGAAGAGGCCAUGGAAUUGUUCGAUCGCUUCAAGGAUUUCGAUCCCAUCGACCACAUCUCCAAGUUGUUGAGCGGCCAAGAGGUCACUUUCAGCAAGAGCCGUGUAUUCCUCGAUACCUCCUACAACGUGCCCUUGGCUGUUGGUUUGCCUUUGGCCAUCCACGCCUAUGGUGCCUCCUCCAUUGACAUGCGCAUGUUCGGCAAUUUCGAGAAAUUGGGUGCCGAAGAGGAGUUGAACUACGACGUCAAUGGCAAAUUCAAGCCUUCCGUGUCCGUCGAUGUCAUUACCUCCAUGCAGUCCGACUUCUUCUAUGCCGGCACGGGUAUCAAGGUCAAGUCCAAUGUCUACUCCAACUCUGAAAUUGAGGCCAGCCUGAAAAUCCGUGGCAAGGACGAUGUUUCGUUCACCUUCGAUUUGCCCCAAGAAACCAAUGAAAUCUUCAGUGCCCGUUCCGAACUCUUGGUGCUCUACAAGGACAAGGAAGUUCCCCAGAAGGGUAUUGAACACCGUCGCUCCAACAGCAGCUGCACCUGGCCAGUAUUGGAGAAGGCCAUCGGUUUGCAAUUGUGCUCCGACUUCAGUGUUCCCGAUGUCACUGCCGGCGGUGAAGACAAGGUCUAUCCUGGCCUUCUGCUCAGCGGUCCCAUGGACUUCAAUGUCAAACUGAAGAAAUCGGAUCCCUCGGCUCACAAAUAUGUGUUCGACUACAAAUUCGAAAAGAAGGGCAAGGAAGACUCUGUCUGGUCUCUGAUGUUCCACACCCCUGGCUCGUCGAUUAAACGUGAAGCCCUUACCAAGGUUGUGAGUCAGCGUGACAACUUCAAGGCUACCCUGUCAAUGGUGAGCGGUCGUUCGGAAGUUGCAGCCGGCUGCAAUUACUACAACCACCCCAAUGAUCGUCGUCUGGAUGUGUACAUGGACACCAAUGGCAAAAGAAACUUUGACCUCAACGUCCAACUGGUGCGCUGGCAAGAUCGCACUACCUUGAUGUACAAGCCCAAGAUGUUGUUGGCCAUCAAUGGCGUCAAUGUCACCGGUCUGAUCGGCAGCAUCCGUGUCAAUGAAAAGAACGGCAUUUCCCAAAAUGGUUUUGAAUUGUCCUUCGAAACGAAGAAAUUGCAGGCUGUGGUCAAGGGAGAAUUUGUCCAAAAUGAGGUCACCACCUCCACCAAUUUGUCCAUCAACUACCGCUUCCAAUCGAACAAGGUUGAGACCAUCAACUUCGAAGCUAAAUUGCAAAAUACCGGAGAUAAGUCCAAGACGGAAUACCAAGGUAAUGCCAAGUUGACCUCAUCGGCUUAUCCCAAAUUGAACUUUAUCGGUGAUGCCACCUGGCUCAGUCUGCAAGGACACACCGAGGGCAAGCUGACCUUCAACACCGGACCCAAAUUCUUGGAUGCCAAACAGGCCAGCACAAUGCGUUUGAUUUUCGCACGCAACUACAAUGAAGACCAGGCCGCUGAGGGUUCCAACACCCGGGCCAGUUUUGAAAUUAAGGUGCCCAAAUCCAAGAUGGACUACAAGGUUUCAUUCAAACACGAGGAACGCACCAAGAACGGUACCGAACACAACGUUGUCCUGGGCCUGCGUUACGCCCCCGAAAAGGAAGCCACUGGUCUGUUCUCAAUCCAUUUGCCCAGACGCAAUCUAUUCGCCGUUGAUGCCUACUUCAACAUUACCGUACCCGAAUUCGAUUCCUGCACUGCCCGCGUCAAGUUGACCGAAGCCCCUGCCAAGAACUACCAGGUCAACUUGAGUGGCUCCUGGUUCACUGGCCACUCCGUCUCCGUCAAGGGUAACUACAAGGACAAGAGCUCACGUGUCCAGGCCUUGCACAACGCCAAAAUCAUUGUGGAGAGUCCUUCCUUCAAGCCAACCACCAUCAAUGUGGUCUAUCGCCGCAAUCAACAGCUCUUCACCUUCGAUGUCCAAUCGAAAUACGACAAGGAUCCCUAUGCCCUGACUGUGCAAUACAACGAGAAUGCCGCCAACAAGAACAGCAAUGGUGAGGUGCGCUUGAAGCUUAAGGAUAAGGAAUACUGGGCCAUUGCCAAGCUGUCGGAACAACCCAAAUCUCUGCAGGUGGAAAUCCAUUUGGACAAAUUGCGUGACAUCCACAUCAAGGCCAAUGUGGUGGACUUGGACAAACGCAAGGAACUGAACUUUGAACUGAAAUGGGAUGCCAAUCGUGAUCCUGCCCAACGUCUCGCUUUGUUGGUUGAAUUCAACAACCCCGGCAAUGAUCGUUACGAUGGCAAUGUCAUGAUCACCUACCCCGAUCGCACCAUCAGCGCCGGUUUCGAAGCCUUCACCGGUGGUCCCCAGUACCAUGGCUCGGCCCGUCUCAGCUGGAGCACCAAUGACUUGAUCACCUUCAGCUACAACGUGGGUCUGAUGCCCGGCAAGGAAAUCAACAACUGGGUCCAUGCCGAACUCAACACUCCCUUCCAAGGCUGGCGUCACAAUAGCUUCAAGGCUGGUCUCUACAGCAGCGACAACUUGUGGUUGGCCAACUCCACCCUGCUGUGGGCCGACAAUCAAGAAUUGGACCUGACCUUCAAAUCCGAUCACAAAAUGCAAGGACCCGUUCUCAGCGUGGACUUCUUGGUGGGUGUCAACAGCACCGUCAAGGGUAUCCCUGAGGCCAGCAUUAAAUUGAGCCAUUACCAGGACAAGAAGAAGUACGAUACAUUGGUGUCGCUCAUCCACUCCGGUCCCGUGGAACUCAACGAGUACAGCGUGAAAUCUACCUGGGAGGUGACCAAGAAGGGUCCCAACGACAACAUUUCCGGUACCGUCUUCAUUGUCACACCCUUCGAGGGCUAUCGCAAGGGUGGUCUGGCUGCCCAACUGAGCUUGAGCGACAAACACGACAUCAAGGGUGCCGCCACCUUGGACUUUGAUAAUCGCCAAUUCACCUUUAACGUCGACGGUUACAUUCGCAAAUUGGCCGACAGCAAGUUGACCAUUUACAUUACCACGCCCCUGGAGAAAUACCGCAAUUUGGAAGCCCGUUUCGGUUUGAAUGAGAAACAACGUCACGUCGUUGCUGAGGUCCGUUCCCCCGAUGGUGCUUUGGGUGUUGAGGUUUUGGCUGACUUCGUGUCCAUCAUGGACUUCGAUGUGAAAUUGAGCGUUGCCACACCCAUUGAGAACUUCAAGCAGGCUGCCGUCGUUGCCAAGGUCAAGCCCACCACUGUGGAUGUCCGUGGUACCUACAACAAUGCCACUCUCGGCUUCACCGGUGUCUGGCGCAUGGACAACAUUACCGACUUCGAGUACUCCUACACCGUCUACACUCCUUUGGCCGGUUUCGAAGAGAGCGGCUUUGUUGCCAAAUUCGUGGCCAAGGACCAAUUCGUUUUGGAAUUGCACGGUCGUCUGGCGCAACACAAGGGUGGUGUCAAGAUCAACGGCCAUCCCAAGUCCAAGUUGUUGAAACAAUUGGGCGGCAACAAGGUCCAAUUGGAGGUAUUGUACGAUGAUGAUUUCCGCCCCUCGGGUGUGGACCCCAGAGAUUACGACCCCAGCCAAGUGGACUACAAUGAGUUCAUGUCCUACACCGUUAACUUUGAAGUCGAUCCCGUUGUCUUCGACAGCCUCCAUGGUGGUGUCGACAUCCAAGAGGUCUUGGACUUCUAUUUGGUUGUCGGUCAUGUCCAAUGGCCUGAGGGCAGAAUUGAUUUCAAGGACCGCCUCUACUAUCCCGACUACGUGAAUGCCCUCAAUGUCUUCACCUUGAACACACCCUUCGAUGCGGUGCGUGAAUUCAAAUCCAUUGUCCAAUACAGCUUUGACUUGAACCAAUUCACCUUCUCCGAGAAUGUGAAAUUCGUAUUGCGCGAUAGCUCAUCCGAACCCAAGGUGACCUCGGUGCAAGUGGAAUACAAGAAAUUGGUGGAUUCCGUUAAACCCAAUGAACACACUGUCCAAAUUGUGGUCAAGACCCCUCUGAUGAUGCUGUCCGAGAUGAGUGUUUCGGGUAAAUUGCAAUUGGAGGAGAAUGUCUAUCGCGGUAACCUGACAUCGCACACACCCAGUACUUUUGUGACAUUGGCUGCUGCUUUGGAGAUUGAAGAGAGCUUCACCGAAUCUUCCGUGGACUUUGUCCUGAACACCGAUGUUGUGCCCUACUAUGCUUGCCGUGCCUACUUCAAGAACGACUUCAAUGACAAGGACAACACCGUCGACUUCCAGUUGUCGGUCACCGACAAUGAUGUCGUCAAUGAAAUCAAGGUUGGUACUGCCUGGCACAAGGAUCCCUCACAUUUGGUCAAUGCCAAUGGCCACAUUUCCACCACCAUGUUGCCUUUGAAAUUGGCUGAGACCUCCUUGAAGGUCCUCACCAAACCCCAUCCUGAAUUGAGCUUCGACUUGACUGUUGUGGGCCGCAAUGGCGAACGUGUUGACUAUGGCACCCGUGCCAGCAACAAGAACGAUGCCAUCGAUGUCGAAGUCUGGACCCCCAUUGAGGACUUCCGCAACAUCUCCAUGCACGGUUCUUUGACCCAAUCGCCCAAGGAUCCCAAUGAGUACAGCAUCAGUGGUAAAUUGUACCGCAACACCCAUACCUAUGGCCUCAACGGUAUUGUCAAGAUGGUCAAUGGCUAUCCUGCCGACACCCGUUUGCGUGUCCAACCUUCUGCUGGCGGUCCUGAUGGUGUCAUUGAGUUUAGCAUCUCCGAACCCCAAGGCAAUGGCAAGGGUCACAACUUCCAAUUCAGUGCCAUCCAAGAGGGUAAAAUGUGCCAGAUUUCCGGUGGCUACUCGGCCAGCGAAGAGACUGGUGCUGACUUCUCCAUGUUGGUAGAGUCUUCCGUGCCCGAACUUAAACGCAUCAACUUCAAUGGUCAAUUCCGUCCACGCGGCAAGGGUCACACCGUUGGUGAUGUCUCCUUGGAAACACCCUGGAAGGAAUUGGGUAUUGAAAAUGUCAAACUGCACUCUGAUUUGAACCUGAAGAAGGAUGGCGGUAAGGUGGCCGGUGAAUAUCGCAUUGGUGAGAAUGUCGGCCGUGGCAGCUGUGCCUGGACCUGGAUUUUGGCUGAAAACAUGCAAUUGGCUUUGGAAUCGCAUUUGCAACGCCCCAACACCAAGCCCCGCAAUGUCCUUGCCAGUGCCAAGUACAUGAAUCCCAACAAGAACUUCCAAAAACUUUCGACCGCCGUGAAAAUGGAUGUUGACUCGCAAUGGAAAUUGGAAGCUAACGGUACUCUGAACUACAAAUCGCAGGAUGAUAUCCAAGCUGCCUUGGUUACUUUGUUGCCCAAGCCUGUCGGUGAUACCCACAAUUUGAACUUCCGUUAUCGUGGCAAUUUGAUUGCCAAGAAGGGUGUGAAACCUGAAUUCUUCAUCGAAGGCAAAUACAAGUCCAAGGAUGCCCAAAAGAAUUGCCUGGGUCGUGUCUCGUACAAGAAUGCCACCGAUUUGCAAGCUUUGGCCCAUUUGGAAUGGGGCGAAAAGAAGGAUGUUUCCGUUGUCGAAGGUGACUUCCAUAUGUUGAGAAAGAACAAGCUGCGUCGUGAAUUCUACACGAAAUUGGUGACACCCAAGUACAAGGAUGAGGAUACCUUCUUGGUCAAGGGUAGCUACGAUGUGGCUGAUAAAUUCCAUAAUGUUGUUGCCUCCAUGGCCAGCCCUGCCUCCAAUCAAUUGGCUGAUUUGAAUUUGGCCUUCAAGGAUUUGAGCAAUAUGCAUGGUUAUUUCAAUGCCUCCACCCCACUGCCCACAAUGUCAUGGCUGAAGACUGAAUUUGAUUUCAAUACCAAGGGACCCAAAACCAUACGCCAUGCCCAGGCCAGCUGGCCCAGCGACAAGGCCUUCUUCAAGUCACAGAGCACCUUCAACGAAAAGGCUGGCCAAUCUGAGGCCAAGGGUAACAUUGAAAUUGAAGUACCCCUGCUAAGCCGUCAUCGUGCCGAAAUCGAAUACAAUUUGCGUGAAAAGAAUGGCAAUGACAAUGGUGUCAUCAAAGCCAAAUACAAUGACAAACAGGUGCUGAACGGUGUCUACAAAUCGGUUAAGGAUACCAAGGGUGCCGUGACCACUGUGACCCGUGACAUUACUUUGGAAAAUGAAAUGAAACCUUUGGGUAUUAAGUAUGUGAACAAACAGGACAAGAGCAAACCCCAGGAAUUGGUGGAUGUCAAGCGUUUGGAAGUCUAUGAAUUGAAGAAUGCCGGCAACUUUAAGCUGUCCGGUGAGCUGACCCAUGUUGCCAAGCCCAGUGGCCAUGAGGUGAAAUUGGUGGCCAGCCAUCCUAAUCGCACUGUGGUUUGGACCAGCAGCUAUGAUAAUGUGGCACCCAAUAAGAUCAAGGGCAGCAGCCGUUUGGAAUUGUCCGAGGAUGCCUGGUUGGCUUACAAUUUGGAAUUGACCAAUAAGACUAGGGAUGGUGUUGUUUCCCAUGACUAUGUUGUGGGUCUCUCCUAUCCCAAGCGUAACUUGGGUGCCGAAGGUAGCUACAGUGUUACCGAUGACCAUAUCGUUUCCAAUGCCGUCUUCAAGUGGAACACUUAUUUGGAUGAUGACAUGAAAUCCGUGCGCACCGGUUUGGAUUGGAAGAAACAACCCCUGACCGAGGGUGUUGAUUUGGACCAUCAAACCGUUGUCUUCACCAUUGGCCAUCCCUACCUGGAAAAGGAUGUCAGCAUCAAGGGUAAAUAUUAUCGCGGUGUUGUGGAGCUGUUGAAUACCAAUCUGGUCAUUGACUAUGCCAAUGAUGAGACCCAUGCCAUCAAAAUGGGUGCCCUCAUCAAGGACUUGCAAAAGGAGUUGGGCCAUGCCAACUACACCGUCAAGGUCUAUGCCAAUCACGAAGCCUCCGACAUCGAUCUCCAGUUCAAUGGCUCAAUGGCUGCCAAGCCAUCCGAAUACAAGACCGAAGCCUCGGCCUCGUACAAGAAACAAUAUUUCACCGAAAAGAGUGGACAGUUGUUGGCUCUUCUCAAUCUCGAUGAAAAACAAUUUGAGUAUAUUCGUACCACUCCCAGUCGUUGUGUCCGUUUAUAUGGCAAGCCAUACAUUCAGCAUCCCAUUUACGGCUUCAAUGCCUCCGUCUGGGAUACACCGGAAACAAAUAAUACCGGCUACAUUUACAUUGAUCUGCUGAACAAAUUCAUACGAGCCGAAGUGAAUUUGACAGAAGACGAUAGUCAAAAUUUGCAAAUGAUUGGCACAAUUCCCGAUACGCGCAGUGCCUAUUUGGAUAUUUGGCGGAACUAUGAAGAAAUACGAAUUAUCGAUGUGACAUCGUAUUUGAAAAUGAAUCAUUCGCGUUUGGUGACGGGUCGCUUCCAUUGGCGUCCACAAAUGAAGGAGGAGCUGAAAGAGAAAAUAUUUACCGUUAGUUCGGGUAUUUAUAGCUCCUUCUCGGAUGGCCUGGACUUUUGGAUUAAGGCCAUUUAUAGCGAAGCUGUGGAAUCUAUGGAUAUUAUGUGGGAUACAGCCAAGCGGUAUAAUAGCGCCUUCUUUGAUGAUUUGCGAGAACUAUCGGAAUUGGAAGAUGAUAUUACGGAAUUAAGGAAUUUCAUUAAUGAGUCAUAUGAGGCCAAUGAUUUCUAUAUCAAGGAUGUUAUUAAUUUCCUUUUGGCCAUACUCGAUGAAUUGGCCAUAAAGGAUCACAUUGAGUCAUUGCCCAAGAUUUUCUCGGAAAUAUGGCAAUCGAUGGGUGAUUCGGGUCAAGCUUUGAGAGAGUCUAUAAAAUGGUUGAUUGAGAACAUCAAGAAAUCCUACAAUGAGUUCCUCAUACAUGUCGGACGUUUCUUCCGCGGUGAGGGUUUGCAAUAUGUUUCCGAGCUUUUGGAACAGGGUGUACACAAAUAUGAUCGCUUUGUCAAGGACCUCCAUAUUUCAUUUAUCAAAUAUGUGGAGAAUCUGUGGGCCAAGGCCUGGGCCAACUUGACCAAUUACUGGAAGGGUGUGUUCAAACGCAUUGAGCCCCAUGUCUUUAAGUUCAUAAGUCAAGUUGAGUCGGCCCUCUGGGAUUUGAGCAAGGAGCUGUUCGAUUUCAUUUACAAGAGAACCAAUGAAUUGGCCGAAUCCCCAUAUUUCAAUAAGGUAUCGAGUUUCACCCAAGAUGUGGAUCGCCUGUAUCGCGAUAUCAAAUCCAAUGAUGCCAUAACAAAUAUCCGCAAAUAUUCGGUGAUUAUUUGGAAUUUCCUCAAGGAGAAAUAUUUCAAGUUGGUACCAUUCGGCACGGAGUUGAACGAAGUGUUGACCGAAAUUUGGGAGGAAAUCAAGGAGCUGCAAAAGAUCGAACAGGUGAACUUUGUGAUUCAGAAAUACAAAGAAAUUGUGGAGAAAUUGGAAUGGGUUGCCAAGGAAUUGGAGUUGGAGACACGCCUGCACAAGCUGUAUGCCCUGCUGCUCAACAAAUUGAAUAAUUAUGCCAAUAAUGCACUGGAAACAGCCGACAAGUAUCGUGUGCCCAAGACGAAGUUCGUUUUCGACCCUGAGGCUGGCGUUAUGGAUCUGGAACAGAAGUUGCCAAUGUCAUGGCAUGCCUUUAAUGAGACACCACGCUAUGAGGAAAUACCCGAGCUAAGGGUUCUGGCGAAAAUUCAAAAUGUCCUCACCACCACGAAUUCAUCGGUGAUCCGAUACAUCUAUAAUUUGAAAUCGCAUCUGGACCCCAAGACCUGGUUGCCACCAUAUUAUUCCCGAGCCCUGCUAAUUGACUCGCGCCACUACAUGACCUUCGAUCAGCGUUUUGUUGGCCUAAAUCUGCGUUUCGAGGAGAUGACCGACAAUCACCGCAACAUGCAGUGUUCGUAUUUGUUGAGCCACGAUUUCUUCCAGGGCAAUUUCACGCUGUUGUUGGAACCAUCGGUGAAUGUUAGCAGCCGUGAUGUGGUGUCCACACGAAAAUUGAGUUUCAUUGCCAAUGAUCAGCUGAUUGAAAUCGAUUUGGGUACUGAUAGCAUAACCAUUAAUGGCGAUCCAACCUAUCUCCUACCUCUGAAAUUGGGUGGAGUUACCAUAACUCGGGAAUUGGAUAUUCUCACCAUCACCUCGGACACCGAAUUCAGUUUGAGUUGUAAUGUCCAAUUCGACUUGUGCUGGUUUGAGGUUAGCGGUUGGUACUUUGGACAAACGGCUGGUCUGUUGGGUACCAUGAACAACGAACCCUUCGAUGAGUAUACCACUUCGUAUAAUAAUAUUACCACAGAUUUGAGUGAAUUCACCGAUUCCUGGAGCGUAAAGGGUUGCAAGCAAAAAAUGAAGCCGGCCACAGUGCAAGUGGUUGUGCCCCAGGAAGUUAGCGCGGUAUGUGAUUACUAUUUCAAAUCGGGUAUGCUAUCGGCCUGUGCCGACACCGUGGAUCCCAAGCCAUUCUAUGAGAUUUGCUUGGAUUUGGGCAGCAAUUCGAAUGAAGUGAAACAGGGCCAUCCGGCCAAUAAGGGAGCCUGUACAGCGGCCCUGGCCUACAUUGAGGCCUGUGCCAGUUCCAAGAUUCCCAUGAGGGUGCCCGAUAAAUGUAUUUUCUGUCAACUGACCAAUGGCUCAUAUGUACCGGAGGGUACCUUUGUGGAGCUAGCUGCCCCCGAGAUACCACGCAGCAGUGAUGUGGUCUUCAUUGUAGAGGCUAAACCUUGUAAUGUCAAUCUCAAAGAAAACAAAAACAUAAUGACAGUGGUGGACACCAUCGAGGAGCAACUGCGGGCCAAUGGUAUAACCAAUAAUCGCUAUGCCGUGGUAACCUUUGGCGGUGUGGCUCCCUUCGACACCCCACGCAGCAUUUAUUACGAAAACUCCGUCUUCACCCACGACCAUCAGAAGCUGGAACAGUACUUCGAUCACAUCAAUGCCAACAACGGCACCAACAGCGACAUUUUGCAGGCAAUCUCCGUUGCCUCUCGUCUCGACUUCCGCCCAGGCGUAUCGAAGACCUUUAUCCUUUUGUCCUGCAGCAACUGUGCCGCUGGCAAUAUGCUAUUCGACUAUAGUUCCAUUCUGCAAUUUAUGCAGGAGGAAGGUGUCAAUCUCCACAUUUUGGCCGAUACCGAAUUCGAUUUCGAAAAGACUCGAAAAUUACGUCACUUCUUUGGCAUGGAUCGUGAAAUGGUCUAUUCGAAACGUUUCCCAGAGGGUGAUGCGGAGACACGUCAUGCCCUAACCAUUCCAAAGAGUAACUUGGGCAUCUGUACGCCAUUAGCCAUGGAGACCAAUGGUUCGAUAUUCAGUGCCCGUAAGCUGAUGCCCGAGCGUAAAUAUCCCAUCAAGCGACUGGCAACAAUAUUUGCCAAGCGUGUGGCCAAGAGUGCGGUACCGUCUGAUAAUUACACCUGUGAAUGUUCGGGUCAUAAUAGCGGUGUGGCGUAUAUGGCUUGUACGCCAAGCUCAUAUCCAGUGGAAUCGUCGGGUUUGGAUGAUUAUGACAACGAAUUCAGCGACUGGGAAUGGGACGAAGAGGAUAUGAACGAAAUGGAUCAAUAAUGUGAUGUUUGAAAAAAAAAAACUACAGAAAGACCCACCUUUCCGCCUCCAUUUCCAAAAUAUAUUCAAGAAGAGGCCCCCAUUU